GGGCCCUGAGGGAGGCGGGGCCAGGUGCUGGGCUGCCUCUGCUUGUCAAAAGGCAGAAGCCGAGCGGGAGGCGCCGGGAGCGCGGAGCAGCGUGCCCACCCUCCGGACCAGAGUCCUUUUGGUUGGCUGCGUCUGUGACCUCACAGAAGGGCAUCCCUGGGCUCAACUUACCUGUCCCUCUGCUCCUUCAGGGAUGGAGGAGAUGGCAGCCAGCACUUCCUUGCCCGACCCUGGCGACUUUGACCGGAAUGUGCCCCGAAUCUGUGGAGUGUGUGGAGACCGAGCCACAGGCUUUCACUUCAACGCUAUGACCUGUGAAGGCUGCAAAGGCUUCUUCAGGCGAAGCAUGAAGCGGAAGGCGCUGUUCACCUGUCCCUUUAACGGGGACUGCCGCAUCACCAAGGACAACCGCCGCCACUGCCAGGCCUGCCGGCUCAAGCGCUGCGUGGACAUCGGCAUGAUGAAGGAGUUCAUCCUGACGGACGAGGAGGUGCAGCGGAAGCGGGAGAUGAUCCUGAAGCGGAAGGAGGAGGAAGCCCUGAGGGACAGUCUGCGGCCCAAGCUGUCGGAGGAACAGCAGCACAUCAUCGCCAUCCUGCUGGACGCCCACCACAAGACCUACGACCCCACCUAUGCCGACUUCACCCAGUUCCGGCCUCCAGUUCGUGGGGAGGGGGGUGGAGGGAGCCAUUCCUCCAGGCCGGCCUCCGUCCACGCGCCCAGCCUCUCCGGGGACUCAACUUCCUCCUGCUCCGAUAACUACACAGCCUGUCUAGACGUGAUGGAACCGACCAGGUUCUCCAAUCUGGAUCUGAGGGAAGAAGACUCAGAUGAUUCUUCUUUGACCCUGGACCUGUCCCAGCUCUCCAUGCUGCCCCACCUGGCUGACCUGGUCAGUUACAGCAUCCAAAAGGUCAUCGGCUUUGCCAAGAUGAUCCCAGGGUUCAGAGACCUCACUUCUGAUGACCAGAUCGUGCUGCUGAAGUCAAGUGCCAUCGAGGUCAUCAUGUUGCGCUCCAACGAGUCCUUCCUCCUGGACGACAUGUCCUGGACCUGUGGCAGCCAGGAAUACAAGUACCGCAUCAGUGAUGUAGCCAAAGCCGGACACAGCCUGGAGCUGAUUGAGCCCCUCAUCAAGUUCCAGGUGGGGCUGAAGAAGCUGAACUUGCACGAGGAGGAGCAUGUCCUGCUCAUGGCCAUCUGCAUUGUCUCCCCAGACCGUCCUGGGGUGCAGGACGCAGCGCUGGUGGAGGCCAUCCAGGACCGCCUGUCUAACACACUGCAGACCUACAUCCGCUGCCGCCACCCGCCGCCGGGCAGCCACCUGCUCUACGCCAAGAUGAUCCAGAAGCUGGCCGACCUGCGCAGCCUCAACGAGGAGCAUUCCAAGCAGUACCGCUGCCUCUCCUUCCAGCCCGAAUGCAGCAUGAAGCUCACACCCCUCGUGCUGGAGGUGUUCGGCAAUGAGAUUUCCUGACCAGGGCGGCCUGCCCUGGCACCUGGGCGAGGCUGCUCAUCUGGGGCCUUGUGCCCUGGCCUGGGGCCGCCUGCUGCCCUGCAGACCGGAUUCCUACCCCCUCCGGAGUUCAGCCCCUCCUCCUGCACCUCCCCUCCCCAGCCAGGCCACCCUGUGUCCUGUCCAGCCUAACACCAGGUCUCCCUUUCCUGCCGGCCGCAGGCUGCCCCCAGUCCCUUGAGACCUCAGUCACGAGGAGUUGCUGUUUAUUUGACGAAGAAACUCAAGUGGGGGCAGAGGGCAGAUGCGGAAGAGGGGCCUUGCCCAGGGAUGGCCCUCCCGCUCUGAAAGUGGCUGCUGGCUGAUGCCGAGGGAACAGGCAGGCGGGAGAAACGAAGCCAUUCCUCAGGGACAGAGACACCUGUACCUCCCCCCGCUCCAGGCCCGUUUGUCCAGAGCCAAGCGGGGACGUCCUUCCCCCUGCCCCACCCAUGAUAAUUAACUCGCCACGACCCCCACCCCUCACGCCCCAUCUCAUCCUGCCGCCAGCCUGUGCUGUUUUGUCCCGGGGCAGUGUGCCACGAUGGGGCCUUCUCCCUUUGCCUUCCCAGCCCUGGCCUGUCUAGGACGCUCACUGCCAAGGAUGACCAAAAACGAGGUGACAAAGGUCACAUCUCCCCCCCUCACCCACCUCUGCUGGCCAAAGGGCACUCGCCUAACACCUCAGUGCCCACCUUCAUCCCGUUGCUAUGGUAACCCUGGAAGUAGGUAUGGUCAGGUGGGCUUUUUCCCCAAGGGAGGGACCCCCUAGCCCAGAACCCACCCGCUGAGAGGCCCAAGGGGGAACAAGAGCGGGGCCCAGGAAGUGGGGGACGGGCAAACCCAGCCUCAUAGAAGAGUGGUAGAUGGUGGCCACAGCUGUCCCUGUCGCCAAGCCCAUGGCUCCUUGACCUGUAUCUAAGAGGUUGGUGGAGGCCAGAGCUCUCCUUCCAAUGAUCUAGGUGGCAAGAGUGAGUCACCCCCAGGUUGCAGAGAAAUGCCCAGCAGCACCCUCAUCCUCACCCUGCCUCCCUUACCUCCCACUCAGAAGAGAGAGAACCAGUGGCCGUGGGUGCUGGAGGGGCCUCACCCUAGGAUGGUCAAGGGGGGUCCUGAGAUGGACACACGCUCCCAAAGCCCCCACGGUCUGGGGAAGCAGUGCCCCUCCGCCUACCCGCGGCGCCACCUCUUUUCCACCUGGCAAGGGGGGAUGGAAGAGAAGAACGGCAGACCCCACCAGCCCAGGCCAUGCCCUCCCGGGGGCCCAUCUGGGUGUCGCUCCAAGACUGCCGUCCCCCAGAACCCAGGAGCUAAUGCUCCAACACCUCGCUGCGGCCGGAGGGAGAGCGGGCUGGCCUUGCAUGGCUAGGCCGAGAGAGCAUCUAGGGGUGGAGACAUGUGGGGCUGGUUCCCUUCUUAUUCUCACUCCACCCCCCCAAAUUCGAAAGGGAUGGGGGGCACUUAACUUCAGACUCCGUUUGCCCUUCCAUAGCCGGCCGAACCCAGGAGGUGGGAGCUCUUACUGUUUCCUCUGGGGUGGGGUCCCCGGGAGAGUGAGUUGUAGGUGUGUGGGACCAUGGGGAGGGGCUCCCUCCAGGAGUCAGAGAGGGUCCCUCAGAUCAUUGCUUGAGUUUGGGGAAUGUGGCUGCCUUCGGUGUUGUUUCUUCCAGUGGAGAAACCGCUGACAGCCACAUUUCGCACGGCACAGUACCCUCGCAUGGCUGAGGCUGCCGUUUCUGAGCUGGGAGUUGUUUCAGAAUCAGACUCCGUUUUGUACCACAUUCUAAGGCAGCAGGCAGUAGGCACCACUGAUGAGGAGAUAUUUAUGGGGGAAAAGCUUACAUUGUAAACAAAUCCUAUACGUCAGUUAUUGUUAUUGUCCUUGCUGUUAUUUCACAAUGAGGGAGAGGCCCCUGUUGGAUUUUAGCUGCAGAAGACAUUGGUCUAGCAUGCUAGUGGGGGGGGGGGGUUAAAAAUCGCUUCACUAGUUCAACUCCCUUGCUAAAGAAAACCUGAGCCUUGGAGGAGGGUGUGGUCCCCCAAGCUCAGACAGCUAGUUGGAAAGAGCUCCAGGGAUGCGCCUGGUCUGUGGACUCCCGGGCCAGUGCUCUGUUCGGUACACCACACUUGAGCUCAGACCCCGUUUCCCCCUCCCCUGAAGGCUGCCCUAGUCCCGUAGGGGAGGGUCUGGAUUUUAGACAGCAAAUCUAGAUCCUGGAUCCCCUGCGUUCCUCCCCUGAGUUGUCACCCUGCUGACCCAUCAGGAGGAGGAGGAGGGACACCUCAGCCUGUGUCUCAAUGUGAAUCAGACCCCCCCUCCCCAAUGUGGCCCUGGCCGGAUGGGGUCUCUGCCUCAGCUCUGUAUAAUGCUGUUGCCUUAUCAAUAAAGUGCAUUUGUCUUUAUAAUA